CGUUCAAGACUCAAACCAAAAGUUCCUGCACUUUUUUACCUUCUUUCUACUUGUUUAGUUUCUUUUUCUCUCCCGACAGCUGCAAUUACCUUCGCCGUUCCCUCCCGUAUUUUCCCUUUCUCCAUUUUUUCUUUUUAAAUUAUAAAAUUCAAAUUUAGGGUUUCAACUUUUAACACUCCGCAAAGCUGGAUAGGCACAGAGGUGACCGCUAUGGCAACAGCAACAACUAUAUCAACAACAACAACGACCAAGACUCUUACUACAAUAACAACAAUCACAAUCGUCACUCGCGAGGCCCCUCGCGUUUCUCUGACGCGCCGCCUCCAAUGAACCGCUAUAACAACAACGACGACAGCAACAAUAGUAAUUUCAACGACAACUUCGAUAACCAAGAUUCCUACCACCACCGUCGUCGUAGCCCUAGCAACUUCCGUGUCAGUGGAAGAGGAGGAGGGCAUCGUCCGUUCGAUAGUCCUCCUCGUCAGCAUCACAGCGGCGGUGGCGGAGGAGGAGGGUUCCGGCCAAUUGGCAGUGGUAGUGGCGGCGCAGGGGGAGGUUUUCGGCCUAUGGGUGGUGGUUUUGAGGGUAAUUAUCCUCCCCCUGCACCGCAUCCUCCCCCGCAAACUCAUACAGGACAGAAACGCGCGUUUGGCCGUGGAGGAGGUUCUCCCAAUCGAGAUCGAUUUGUUGGUGGUGCCGGUGGUAAUUUUGCCAAACUUUUUGUGGGAUCUGUACCAAGGACAGCCUCGGAAGAGGAUAUUCGACCCUUAUUUGAAGAACAUGGAAAUGUGAUAGAGGUUGCUAUGAUCAAAGAUAAAAGAACCGGACAGCCACAAGGAUGUUGUUUUAUAAAAUAUGCAACCUUAGAAGAAGCUGAUAGGGCUAUUAGAGCCUUACACAAUCAACAUACUCUGCCAGGGGGACUGGGUCCUAUCCAAGUCAGAUACGCUGAUGGGGAACGAGAACGCCUUGGUGCAGUUGAGUACAAAUUGUUUGUUGGGUCAUUGAAUAAACAAGCUACUGAAAUGGAUGUUCAGGAAGUUUUUUCUCGAUUUGGUCGAGUUGAAGAUGUUUACCUCAUGCGUGAUGAAUUGAAGCAGAGUCGCGGAUGUGGAUUUGUUAAAUACUCUGAUAGAGAAAUGGCACUAGCAGCUAUAGAUGCUCUUAAUGGAAUUUAUACAAUGCGAGGUUGUGAUCAACCAUUAACUGUCCGUUUUGCUGAUCCUAAGAGGCCAAGGCAUGGAGCUGGAGACUCAAGGGCUGGUGGUGCUCCUGCAUUCGGAGGUCCAGGUUUUGGUCCUCGUUUCCAAGCACCAGGGCCUAGACCAGCACCAAACUUUGGUGAUGCAAUAGGGGACCAUGUUCCACCUACUGCUUGGAACCCCAUGAGUCCACAGAAUAUGGGAACAACUUCUAAUCCUGGUAUUCGGAGUAUGGGGAGUCAUUUGCUCCCUAGGUCUGGUGACCUAGUGAAACCUUUAAACCCGGGUGGUCCUUUUGGUGGCCCUUCAGAUGGUUCUCUUCCUGGCUUUGCAGUUUCAUCUUUGUCUACCUCACAACAGGGAUUUAAUCAACCUUCAUCACAAGUUCCUACAGUUGGUCAGCAAAUUUCACCUUUACAGAAGCCUCUUCAGUCUCCUCAGCAUCUACCUCCAUCCUUUCAACUACACCCUCUAGGAUCUGUGUCAUACUCACAGAUGCAGACUGCGAAUGUUGGUCAACUACAAGUUCCUCUUCCUGGUAGCCAGACACCGUUCAGUCAGCCUCUUCCCACACAACAUCUAGUUGGUUUGAGUGGCCAGUUACCUGCUUCUAGGCCUCAGGUUCAGCAGAAUGCUUCAUCUGCUGCAGCACUACAAAGCCCUUUGAGUGUCAACUUACCACCCAAUUUACAGGCCAAUUCGGUGACUACUACAGCAAAUCCACAAAACUUGCCUGUUCCCAUCCAGCAGCAAUUGCUUCAUCCACUUCAGCAAUCACCUUCUCAGCUUGCUCAGAUGCUGUCUCAGCAAACACAAACUUUGCAAGCUAGCUUUCAAUCGUCUCAGCACGCAUUUUCUCAGCUGCAGCAACAAUUACAGCUGAUGCAACCUUCAAAUCAGAAUAUGAUAUUGCAGCAGAAUUCACAGGCUUCUAAACAACAGUGGGCUGGGAUGACACAACAGACUGUUGGCAGCACUCCUGCUAAUACACCCGGUACAGAUGUUCCUUCAUCUGCAUCUGCUACAGCUGCACCUGUUAUGACACCAACAGUUGCUCCAGUAGAAUGUCAUUGGACAGAGCAUACUUCACCUGAUGGAUUCAAGUACUAUCAUAACAGUCUAACUCGUGAAAGCAAGUGGGAGAAGCCUGAAGAAUUAAUUUUAUUUGAACAACAGCAACAACAAAAACAACAAAAGCCACCUGUCCAACAGUCUCAAACUCAGUCAAUCCCUGCUCAACAAGCAUCACAGCAGGUGCAGCCCCAGACCCAGCUUCAAACAAAGAUCCGCCACCCUCCACAGUUACAGCAGCCGUUUUUUCCUACAUUGUAUCCAGCUUCUGGAGUUGGAAAUCAACAAAAUACACAGGAACUUGGUUAUGGACAAUUACCAGUGGUGGCAUCAGGCAAUGAUCCAACUCCCUUCCAACAGGGGCUUCAGACAGUGCAGGAUUUAGCUUGGAAAAAUAAGCCAUCAGGAACCUAAAAGUUGGAAGCUGAGGUGAGUCUGCUAAUGGGGAACAACUUUCUUCUUGGUGAAUGCUCGGCAACAGAAAUAGCAUAGUAGUCAGGGCAAAGGCAUUCAUGCCGCGGCGGUUGCUUUAGGCUUAAAUACCUGAUAAGAUGUGUAAUAAUAGCUUACAAUAUUGAAUAGUUUUCUUCUCAGAAUUUAGUGGGAACCUUUGCUUCCUGCUGUUACUGGCAUUUUGAGCUUCUGUGCCAUUAAUAUUAGGGGCGAUGAAUGCCAUAUGUAUUGUGUAACAUAAAUAUUAAAUACAUAAAAUAUUAGUUGCUAUAAUAAUCU